UCCGCUCUCCUGCCGCUCCCAGCCGGGGCGGGGGGCAGGGGGAGGAGGCUGCGAGGAGGGAGGGGAGGGAGGGGAGAGAGGGAGGGAGCCGAGGAAGACGCUCCGAUAACCCGUGCGUUUCGUAAGGCUCGGAGCACUCGGACAUUUCUGCAGGCGCGCGGCGAGCCAUUCGCCGCGGCUGCUGCAGCUCCGACUGCAUCUUCCUCCUCCUCCUCCUUCCCCCUGGCUCCGGGUGUGCGUCUGUGUGAGAGUGUGUGUGUGUGUGUGUUUUGCAGGUGUGUCCGUUUUAAUUCUGCCCAGUAGGUGGGACUUAGUGACUUUGGCACCAUAUUUUCCUUCUCCUUUUUCCCCCCCUUUUUUGCCUCCCCACCGUCUGUUGCAACCCUGCAAAGUCUCGGAGUCGGAGAGCGCGGCUCGCUUCCCAAGCCCCCGGACUCGGCGAGCCGGCGGGCGCCGAGCCGGCCACCAUGCCAGGCAGACCGCGCCACUAGGCGCUCCCCGCGGCUCCCACCCGGCGGCGGCGGCGGCGGCGGCGGCCGCGAUGGCUUCAGACGCUGAAGGAUUUUGCAUCUGAUCGCACGGCGUUUCAAAGGCAGAGGCCCCCCUCCCCCUUCCCCCCUCCCUCGCCGUCUUUGUUUCCUUCCCCCCCAGCUCUCCCCACUCCCCCCACCCCACCCCCCUCUCCUCUCCUCCUCCUCUUUUUUAGAAGCAGUGAUCGGAGAUGGAUGUCUCUCUUUGCCCAGCCAAGUGUAGUUUCUGGCGGAUUUUCUUGCUGGGAAGCGUCUGGCUGGACUAUGUGGGCUCCGUGCUGGCUUGCCCUGCAAAUUGUGUCUGCAGCAAGACUGAGAUCAAUUGCCGGCGGCCGGACGAUGGCAACCUCUUCCCCCUCCUGGAAGGGCAGGAUUCGGGGAACAGCAAUGGGAACGCCAGCAUCAACAUCACGGACAUCUCAAGGAAUAUCACUUCCAUACACAUAGAGAACUGGCGCGGCCUGCACACGCUCAACGCCGUGGACAUGGAGCUCUACACUGGCCUCCAAAAGCUGACCAUCAAGAACUCAGGACUUCGGAGCAUCCAACCCAGAGCCUUUGCCAAGAACCCCCACUUGCGCUAUAUAAAUCUGUCCAGUAACCGGCUCACCACACUGUCAUGGCAGCUCUUCCAGACGCUGAGUCUUCGGGAAUUGAAGCCGUCAGAUGUCCCCUGCCCUGUGCUCCCUCUUGUUGUGAGGGUUAAAUGGGGUGUUGCUUGUAAGGCAUUCACCAUAGUGCUGGGCAUCUGGAGGUUGGAGCAGAACUUCUUCAACUGCAGCUGUGACAUCCGCUGGAUGCAGCUGUGGCAGGAGCAGGGCGAGGCCAGGCUGAACAGCCAGAACCUCUACUGCGUCGGGGCCGACGGCUCCCAGCUCCCUCUCUUCCGCAUGAACAUCAGUCAGUGUGACCUUCCUGAGAUCAGUGUGAGCCAUGUCAACCUGACUGUACGAGAGGGUGACAAUGCUGUCAUCACUUGCAACGGCUCUGGAUCGCCCCUGCCUGAUGUGGACUGGAUAGUCACUGGAUUGCAGUCCAUCAACACCCACCAGACAAAUCUGAACUGGACCAAUGUACACGCCAUCAACCUGACCCUGGUAAAUGUGACGAGUGAGGACAAUGGCUUCACCCUGACGUGCAUUGCAGAGAACGUGGUGGGCAUGAGCAAUGCCAGUGUUGCCCUCACCGUCCACUACCCCCCGCGUGUGGUGAGCCUGGAGGAGCCCGAGCUGCGCCUGGAGCACUGCAUCGAGUUCGUGGUGCGUGGCAACCCACCGCCCACACUGCACUGGCUACACAACGGGCAGCCGCUGCGGGAGUCCAAGAUCAUCCACGUGGAGUACUACCAGGAGGGGGAGGUUUCCGAGGGCUGCCUGCUCUUCAACAAGCCCACCCACUACAACAACGGCAACUACACCCUCAUUGCCAAAAACCCGCUGGGCACGGCCAACCAGACCAUCAACGGCCACUUCCUCAAGGAGCCCUUUCCAGAGAGCACGGAUAACUUUGUCUCUAUCUACGAAAGCCCCACACCUCCUAUCACUGUGACCCACAAGCCAGAAGAAGACACUUUUGGGGUGUCCAUAGCCGUUGGACUUGCUGCUUUUGCCUGCGUCCUGUUGGUGGUUCUCUUUAUCAUGAUCAACAAGUAUGGUCGACGGUCCAAAUUUGGAAUGAAGGGUCCCGUGGCUGUCAUCAGUGGUGAGGAGGACUCAGCCAGCCCACUGCACCACAUCAACCAUGGCAUCACCACACCCUCGUCACUGGAUGCUGGGCCGGACACAGUGGUCAUCGGUAUGACCCGCAUCCCGGUCAUUGAGAACCCCCAGUACUUCCGUCAGGGACACAACUGCCACAAGCCAGACACGUAUGUGCAGCACAUUAAGAGGAGGGACAUCGUGUUGAAGCGAGAACUGGGCGAGGGAGCCUUCGGAAAGGUCUUCCUCGCCGAGUGCUACAACCUCAGCCCGACCAAGGACAAGAUGCUCGUGGCCGUGAAGGCCCUGAAGGAUCCCACCUUGGCUGCCAGGAAGGAUUUCCAGAGGGAGGCCGAGCUGCUCACCAACCUGCAGCAUGAGCACAUUGUCAAGUUCUAUGGGGUGUGUGGCGAUGGGGACCCCCUCAUCAUGGUCUUUGAGUACAUGAAGCAUGGAGACCUGAACAAGUUCCUCAGGGCCCAUGGGCCAGAUGCUAUGAUCCUCGUGGAUGGGCAGCCGCGCCAGGCGAAAGGCGAGCUGGGACUCUCCCAGAUGCUCCACAUCGCCAGCCAGAUUGCCUCGGGCAUGGUGUACCUGGCUUCCCAGCACUUUGUGCACCGGGACCUGGCCACCAGGAACUGCCUGGUCGGAGCCAAUCUGCUGGUGAAGAUCGGAGACUUCGGCAUGUCCAGAGACGUCUACAGCACCGAUUACUACAGGCUCUUUAAUCCAUCUGGAAAUGAUUUUUGUAUAUGGUGUGAGGUGGGAGGACACACCAUGCUCCCCAUCCGUUGGAUGCCCCCUGAAAGCAUCAUGUACAGGAAGUUCACAACAGAGAGUGACGUGUGGAGCUUUGGGGUGAUCCUUUGGGAGAUCUUCACCUAUGGAAAGCAGCCAUGGUUCCAGCUCUCCAACACAGAGGUCAUCGAGUGCAUCACCCAGGGUCGUGUUUUAGAGCGGCCCCGAGUCUGCCCCAAAGAGGUGUAUGAUGUCAUGCUGGGCUGCUGGCAGAGGGAACCGCAGCAGCGGCUGAACAUCAAAGAGAUCUACAAAAUCCUCCACGCUCUGGGCAAAGCCACCCCCAUCUACCUGGACAUCCUCGGCUAGUGGUGGCCGGCGGUCACGAAUUCAUACUCUGUUGCCUCCUCUCUCCCGGCCUCACAUCCUCCCUUUUCCACCUCACAACUCCUUUCUUCCAUCCUUGACUGAAGCAAACAUCUUCAUAUAAACUCAAGUGCCUGCUACACAUACAACACUGAAAAAGAAAAAGAGAGAAAAAAACCCUGUAAGGCAGUUUGGCAUACAUAUAUAUAUAUAUAUAUAUAUUUAUAUAUCUAACUAUCUAUCUAUCUAUAUCUACAGAGAGAUACCUUCUUCUCUGAUACAGAGAGAAGCUGCUUAUACAGAAACCACAAGACUGUAACAACAACUCAGAAAAUCUUAACUAUUAUGGACGCAAAGGAAAAUUCCCGUUGACUUAAGCUGUGGCCCAUGCUUCUUCAGCUCUGGCUUUUUGGAGCUGAAGACCUGGACGAUUCAGAGAGACAAUCUUCGUGCUGGGACGAGAGGAGCUGGGGUAGACGUGAAUAACCACUGUGCAGAUGAUCACCAGUGUAGGUGUGGUACCCCCCAAGCUCUACAUGGGUGCAUAGGCUGACCACACUCAGCGAGGAAAUAUCGCUGGAUCAGGAACCUCUGGAACGCCUCGCGUCUCCCCUGACCAUUGCCUCCAUGCCUUCCCCCUUUCCUCCACUUCGAGACGAUUUUCUCAUUUGUCCAUUCUAGAAAGUAGAGUGCUCACAUUCUUGGGAGUCCGUGAUGGCGCCUACAGGUAAACACUGAACAACAACAACAACGACAACGACAAGAUCAUGAUGGCAGUGGGCUACAUCCAUCUUGGGUGUAAACCAUGCUCAAGUUCCCUCCUAAAUUUGAAAGCGAUGUGUCUUCUAUCCUCUGAACUUCAAGAACUGGACUUUCCGGACUUAGAGACCCACAGAAGAAACAGAUAAAAUCUGAACUCCGUCAAGGCACUGCCUCCUGUCUCCCUGUUAUUGGGGAGACUCCUUGGCCCCACUUCCCACCUCCAGGCCUUUGGGGAGAUUUGGGGCAUAGGGAACACGUCCUCUGUGUUGUCUACGCAUGUGGACACAACACGCUUCCAACAGCAGGAGACUUAGUUCCUUGUGUGUCAUUAUAAGGUAUGCCCCUCUGGGUCCACUGUUUCUUAUCCUGCCUCCCUGGGUCCUCGCUGCCACUCCCAGGUAUCCCCACUGCUGGGAAGGGAACCAUGUCUAGCAAGAGGCUGGGGCAAUGCUUAUUUCAGGAAGCCAGGCCGUGGAGUGGGCAGGAGGCAGCAGGGGAGAAUCUAUUUGGCACCUGCAACCGGCCCCGUGGCAUUCUUCUCACGUUUCCAGUCCCUGGAAGGAUUGAUGUAUCUGCCUUUGAGCUGCUGUGAAAACGCAGAGGCUGAGAAAUCGCUUUUGUGGGCUGGGGGCAGGGGGAGGGGCCGAGGCUUCUCUGGGAGAUGUCCAAUGCACAGCCACUGCCGCAGGCUUGGCAUCUUAAUGAGCAUCGAGCCCCAACCAGGGAGAGAGAAGGAAGCAUCUGGGCUGGAGCCCACUCCCUCCGCCUCAGCGCCAGAGGAUUCACUGCCUUCCCAGCUGCUGCCGUCAAGGACUGCAAUAGGGGCAGGUCUCUGGGCCUCUCUGAUACCUGACAAUGAAACGCCUGUGAAAGCCAACAGCCUGGCCCCACAGAGCCCUCCUGCUGUGAAGGAGAGGAUGCGCCCCCCCCCGCCCCCCACCCAGGCCACCAGCCCCUCCACCACACCCCAAGCACAGAGCUACCUAAUGGACUGGCCUUCGCCCAACUGGAGCCUCCUGGGGGCCUCUGGCCUGCACCGUGCCCUGCCAGCUUCAGGGACUGUCGGCAGCCUGGACUUCCUGGUCAGCCGCAGUGUGGGCAUCCCUGUGUGGGGUUCAGGACUGAAUUCUGUGUUUGUGGUUUUGCUUCCUUUUUUAGACCAACAAAUGUUUUUAUUCAAAUAGAAAAGAGCUGUGCUCGGACUGUAGGCCGCGGUGGGGAUUCGGGGAUCCGUGAGGCUGCUCAGCUGGCCUGGGAGGGGCCGGACGGGAGGUGGGGUUGGUGUGGGGUUUCUCUCUGUGCUGUGCUCCCAGCCCUGAGGACUUCGGAGGAGAGCUCUUCUGAUUGACCACCUCACAGGAAUCCUUUGCUGUCCUAUGGCAAUUACCCUUCUUGUCUUUCCACCUGAGGGCCCCUGGUCUAUUCUAGGGCCAUUAGGGCUGGAUGGAGCCAUGCAGUCUGGUUUUGAGUGGGGUAACUAAGGGAAAGGUAUUCAUGGAGGAAGCGAUGGGGAGAGCCUGAGGAGAAAGUAUCUUCUGGUGAGAUGUAAGGCUCCAAGGCUCCUGUUGCUGCCACAUUGUCCCCCAAACAGACACUGUGUGGCUCCCACUAAUGGUCUGGGAAGAAGGGGGUGAUGGAAAGUGGUUAGAGGCUGGUGGGCAACUGGGAAUGAGGGAUGUGCUAGGGUUUCAACUCAGGGCACUGAGUCAUCGUGGCCUAAUGGAAAAAGGCAAUUCCUUGGAACAAGGGGCACGGAAGGAGACUAUAGUUGUCAGAUCACCCUCGUCUUAGUCCCACAGGCCUCCGUGUUGGCCUUGGGGUCAUGUCUUCAUCCUGUUCAACUGCCCAUCUUAAGAGUAGAAGAAAAUGGGUCUCAGAGCAAGGGAGAGCAGAGAGAAUGGGCCUGCUUACUCGCUGCCCUUGCCGGACUCUGUGUAGAGUCUACAGGUCGAAUUCUUCACCUUGGCAGGUAAAAAAAAUAAGCUUUUUGGAGAGUGCAGGAGAUGGAGAAUAGGGCUGUGGAAACUGAAGGGGUACUCUAGGGCUCUGGGGCUGAGUGGAGUGCAUUAUUUCUCCUGUACUGGGACAGGACCAAGAAGACUCACUCUACCGUGUCUCAGUUUCCCCAUCUGCCAAAUGAGGGUUGUGCUUGCUAAUCUCUGGCCCCUUCUAGCUCUGAAAUUCUUAGAUUCUGACAGCAUCGAGUCACUGUGUCAUUUUUCUCAAUGCCACUCUGGAAUGCCAGGAUAGCCCUCCACAGGCCUCGCACGAGUCGGGGGAAGCUGCCUCUGAGGGCUCCUAGGCCUGGGCACAGGUGGGUUUCAAUAAGACACUCCUCUCCUCCUUUGCACCUAUGUCACCACAAUUCAGAGGCUUUAGUGCCUGAGGCUGCUUUAGGCCCAGAGGGAGCACUUGGCCUCCUUCCCCUUUCUAACCUUUCUACACAGCAGAAACGCACUGGCAAAGGUUUAUUUAUUUAUUUAUUUUUCAAACAGCCUAAUGUGGUAAAUGAGUCUUGAGAUGGCAUCCCAUUAGCCAAUACGGCCACUCUGGUUCUCUCCACUCUCAUCCCUCCAUACGAAAACCCAUACUUUAAAAGACCAUGACAGAGUAGGGUGAGAGCGUAGCUUGACGUGAGCUCCAUUGUGACUGCUGGUGGAUGUUCCAGGCCACUCAGGCUGAUCUCCCUGCCAUGCCAUGCUCACCUGGUCCCUUCCUGGACUAAGCAAGAGUGAUUUGCUGUUGGAUGCCCACCUUGGAGUCAGGUGCCAUGGCCAAGGGUCCUUCCAGUUCUUCUUUGCUGUGGACUUGAACCAAAUGCUGCCCUCUAAUUAUGUCCCUGACCUCUGAGUGGAUCUUAAGAGUCACUAAGUCUCCUCUUGUUAACAACAAAGGACUUGAUGCUUCCUCCACUCAGCAGAUCAUGCACAAAUCAUCCCUGGAGAGAAGCUUCCCAACGAGACAAAAGGAUCCUUGGUCCUUCUGGGUUCAAGUGGCACAUUACCGUCCUUCUCUGGCGAUGCUUACUUUGCGGAAUACACUAGUGCAAGUAUUUUUGGUGCUAAAUACUACAGAAACCAACACCAACAGGAGAGCUGACAGCCAGUCUCUGGGGCUGCAUGAGACUCAACUCAGAAGCAAAAGUGAGUCAGUCAUGCUGGGAAAGUACAGGAUGCAUGGGAAGCCAGGUGGGAAUGUGGGGUGAUGGAAAGACCAUCGCAAAUCCUGGCUUAGCUCUUAGUUACCUGGCUGACCUUGGCUGGAUCAACUAAUUUUUAAGAUGGUCAGAUUUCUCAUCUGAGACAUUUAAGAGGUUAGAAUAGAUAUUCUGGUGGUUCCUUUUAGUUAAAAAAAAAAAAACUAUAUUCUGGUCCCACCUGCGUUUUUGGCUUUUGUGUUAUUGUUUGUUUUUUAACUUGCUGUUAGGAAAUAAGAGAGAAAAUGAAAGACAGAUAAGGAAAGGGAAGAGAAAAAAUUGCCAAUGGCAAGAAAUUGAUUAUAGAAGGCAAAUAACGAAGGCUCCAUGAGUUAGGUUUGUGGGGAGUUGGUGGGGAGAGCCAGGCAGAUAAGCCAGGGACCCCAUUUUUGUGCUCCUCAACGAAGGCUGCCACCUGGCCCCUUGGUUGACUUCCACCAGGCAGUCCUCCUAACUAGCCACGUACUCCAUUUCAACACGGACAUACCCAAGUCGGCAGAAACUAUUCCAAGAUAUGGCGACAGGCCUAUCCACUUGGCAUGCAGGCCACUGGCAAUCUGAACUCUGGGUCAGAAACAAAGUGAGUUUUUCCCUGAGCUGCUGUUGUAAGGAGGUAGGGUACUGGAAAGAGGGCACCAUUGUAACUUGCAGGCUAUUCACUAAAGUCCUGUUCUGUUCAGGAAUGCCUAAUGGCUUCCUUGCUGUCCUUUUCCAAAUCAAAUAGCAGCAGUGUUAUCCUGACUUGAGGUACAGUUGUUGCAACUUGAGGUGGCAGCCUUGAGAUUUGGGGGUCUCCUCUGUGCUUUGCUCAGUGUCAGAAGCAAAGAAAGAUCUAUAGAUGUUUGUUGAAUGAACUCAUGUGCUGGCUAUCUAGACAGCUGCCCUUCACUGUCCCUGGGAUGUCUACUGUCAGCUUUGGUUGGAAGCCAAACCUGCUAGAAUACCCAAAGGCGUACACCUUAGAGCUAAAAAUGGCACCUUUUUGGUCCCUAGAGCACCAACCUCUUCUUUGAUACCAAAUAAAUUUUUUGGUCAACCCUUAAUAGGUUUUAAAGGAAAAUUCCAAGCUUUUGUAUCACUAUCAAAAUAUCACUAUAGGACUUCAGAAAAUAUUUUAAGAUUUCUUAGCAUCACUGGAAGUGUCAUCCUAGGGACAGCAUGGCCUGUAUACAGUGUAUGCUUAUAUCUAUAUAUUUCAUUGGAAUGGCUUCAGUGAAGGUUCGCUUGGAGUCAGCAAAUUGAUUUCACAAUGCUUGGUCUCUCUAAGCCUUACAUUUCUUAGGAAUAAGAAAUCCAGCGAUGGACUGGCCUAAGAGACGUUCAGAAACGUACUGAUGGGAAAUUCAUCAUCUUGUAAAGUUUGAUUCUUUGGUGCUCCACGAAUUAAAUUAUGCUGAUGACAAUAUUCUGAGCAUCUGAAAACUACUCUUCCUGGUGGUUUGAUAGAUUCCCUUAUGGGAGCCCUUUCUGCCACAUCCCAUUUGGAGGUUGGUAUUGAAUUCACCAGCACUGCAGUUAAAACCACCCCCUAGGAGAAGUGGGACAGAGAGAAUAUGAGGUGUUGAUACUUGCUCACUCUUUCUGAAAGGCAUUGCUGAUGGUGGAGGAUGUGGUGAAUAUUUGUUUCACUGCAUUGGGUGUUGGGGCUUUUGCCGGGAGCACAGGCUGUUCCACCCUAAGGACCUGAAUCUUGGCUUCUGAUAGAGUCUUGUUUCCCUGGUGCAUUCUCCCAGGCAUAGUUCCUUUGACUGCCUAAAAUAAUUCUAUAUUUUGCAACAAGAGACGUCUCUGGCCCAAGUCUCAGUGGGCCAAUAUAGACACUUUUCUAUUCCACAAGGGAUCCAUGGAGACUGGGGGACACCCUUAAAGUACUGGGAAUUCUUGAUUCAAGUAAUAAAAUUCAGAUUCCCUUUCCUCUUUAGCUAAGUUCCAAAUUGAAAGCAAAGCUUGGGUUGAUAUUUUCAGUAGAGAUAAUGUCUUAAGCCGGCGUGCUGGGCUAUCUCCCAUCAAGGAGAGACAGAGCAUUACAGCUACCUGACAUUAAUUAAUUUUUCCUAAUCACCAAGGUAAACAUUGCUUUGUGUGCAGUGCUAUGCCCCAAGCUUGUAGCUUGCGAGAGAUACUUAAGGCCAACAAAACUAGAUCUCUCUAACAGAAGAUGUAUCAAGAUAACAUAGAUGAGGAAAGGCCUGUUGGACAGCUACUUCUGACACAUGCCUUGGCCCUCAGGUCUUGCUUUUAAGUUUUCCAUCUUAUGAGAGGAUUUGGUUUCUAGUCACUUUAGAGGAUGACAAAUUUAGACGUCCUUCCUGGAAGCCAACGGUAGACUGAGAGCCCAGAUGUCCGCUGUGUACUCUGACGUUGUCUUGGCUGCACCAUCAGUAAAGCCCAGUGAGAAAUGUGGAUGCUCAUGUCUAAGCCUGAUACUUAUCACUUCAUUUAAGAAGAGAGCAUGGAUGUCAUUAAAAAAAAAGACUUUUGUAAUCUGUUCACUGCUAGGACCUACUCAAAUGACUAGCUUUCGUAAAUGUUUUGCUUUUUCUUGGAGAAGUGUCCACAUUCCAUCUCCAUUUAACAGCCACCUGACACUUACCUCAUGUCUCUGAGCUCACUCUGGAGUGACUAAACAAACCUGGUGCAGGUGUUGUGAUUUUUGCUUUCCGUAGUACAGAAGUAAAUCUCAGUAUAGAAGAUUUUCUUUCAUUUUUGCUCUUUUUACUUUUGCUUUUUCUUUUGGCUCCUAUCUUCCUGCUUCCAUGGGACUGACAACCCAGCUUCUCAAACUCUGUGAAAGUCUUAAUACAAGGUGAAUCCUAGGACCACAAACAGUUUGGACUUCAAACAGUGAGAAAAUUGGUGCUGAAUGAUUCGGCACACAAAGCAGAAAACUUUCAUUUCCUACAGGCAGGAUGGAAUUGACUGUUAUAUUAAGACUUCUGAAGGAGCCCUGCCCUGGAGUAAUUUCUUCACUGUCAGACAAUGUUGACAUCUAGAUUAACCUCUGUGCAGUGAAGUUUACUGCAAAGCUCAUUGAGAUGCAUGUUGUGUAUCUUUGCAAAUCCCAUCAGGAACCCUUGUGGCCCACCCUCAGCAACCCCCCCUCCCUUCCUCACCCACUGCUCUCUCCGUCUAUGAACUUUUAGUCUCCAGGAGUCGAGGAGCCAUGGCUGGGAUCUGACUCCAGGAGAGACAGUUUUGACCUUUCUCUGACCAUGGUGCUGAGCCAGCUUUCUGCUCAGUUGGAGUGACAGUGGUUGUCAUCAUAUUGGUGUUCCCCUGAGGGGACUGUAAAUCAAGGCAUAAAAGCCCCUCUGCUGAUGACAAACAGUUUCACAGUGUAUCUCGAUGCUGCACAAAGUAAAACGGUUUAUGAGAAUUAAUGUACCCGUUGUCAGUGAGCCCUGCUCUGGGCUCCCCAGUGCUCCAGCACUCCCAGGUCCAGAUGCAACAGGCCUUGACUGCAGCCAGGUGGCCAGAGGGGCUGGUGGGUCUGAUAGAAAAAGGGCUUACCCUGUGUCUGUGCAGGUGUUUCCUAUGGUCCUUACAAGAGAGGCAGCCCUGGCUCCUUUUUCUCCUGGUUGGGACAGAGAGUGUAGCUGUUACCCAAACCCAGCUUGUCAGCUCUCUAUGAUGUGAUGGGGUCCAGAAUGAACCGACCCUUUCUAACUCACUAUGUGGUCCAUAUGGAGGCACAAUGGCCAGCGGAAACCUCAAAGCUGAAAUCACAUAUUCUGUACAAACUAGGGCUAUUGAUUCAUCAAAAGUCUUGAGAAAGGGCCGUUAGCUCAGUCACAGCCACCUUCAGCCUCCGCCAAUCUGCUCCACAUCAUCACGGCUGUUUUUGGGAACUCAUCUUGGGACUUUAGAAUACUGUGCCCCAAAGUUCGGAGAACAGAUUUCUCUGGGGUUUUACUUAUGCUGAUUCUCUUUGAAAUUGUUUUUCCUACUUUUCCUCUUGUCUUUAGUAUGAGUAACAAGAAUCUCCUUGUAUAUUCUGAGACAUUUCUUUAGAAGAAAUGAAAGUUUCCAGCCAAGGACAUUGUGUUUAUUGACUGGGAAAAUAGAUUUCUGGGCCAAGUAAUGUCACAACCAUACAGAGGCAAACCUGACGACUUUAUUUAAAAGCAAUUAUCAGUGUAGUAUUUUGUUCUAGAUGCUCAGGCUUACAUAGUGCAGACUACAUUUGUCUUUUUUAUUAUUUAUGAUAUUAUGAUACUUGUUCAUGUGUGCACAUAUGCGCACACACGUGCAGACACGCAUACACACAAAUGCUUCUAUUGGACUUCUAUUGGUCCAAUAUGGUUCAACAAACCGAUGGGCCCCAUUAGUCUUUCUCCUACUGAUCUCUGUGUGUAUUUAUGUUCAGAUAAGUGUGCGCCAAGUGUGUGGUUUCUUAAAUUUUUCUAUAGCUCACCCUUUCUUUUAUUAUCGUUACACUGUCUUUGACUUUUUGCACUGUGGAUCAUUUAUGAAGUUAGGGCUUUUUAAAAGGAGACUAAAUCCUGAGUUUUAAGAACCUUCAUAUUUAAAGACUGGACUAGUUUUCUCAGAGAAACUCAAAACCAAACCCAAUCUUGAUACAGGUUUUAUUUGAUUAAUUUGGGGGAGGCACUGAAUUUGGGCCUGAAUAAUACAUAUUAAGUACAAAUAUAAAUGUGAACUAGUUCAAGCAGAUUCCUGAACCUAUCAUGGGGCUAAAACCAUUAGAUAUAAAACUCAAACAUUCAAAUUGAAUUGGAAUAUGAAGUGAAAGAGUUAACGUGGGACGUGAGAAUAUCACUGAGUUCGAAGUGAGCUGGCCGGACUCAGUGCUACUUGGUGGGUGACUGUGCACGGUCACCUCAGUUAUCUGGGUCAAAUAUAAAGGGGGCAGCUGGAAACUAAUUGCAGACCUGUGCCCCUUCUCUGAUUGCGGUGAUGGGGCAAGCCAAUAGAUUUCUCAGCCAUUGCUCAGAUAAGUUACCACUGAAAUGGAUCUCCUCAAGGUCUCACCUUUGCGCAAGUUUGCGCAUGUCCGCACCCUGAAGAGUCAGCCCCGUUUUCACCUUGUGUUCAGUUCAUCCUUGCAGCUGUCCUUCGAAUGUUCUCCAAACUCUGACCUCUUACCCCCAUCUGCCGUUCCCCACCCCGCCCCUUUACAGGCCCUGUUCUGUCUCUGCAAAGGCAGGGAAAGCCCGACUGCCCAUUUCCCUCUUCCCUAGCAUCAGCCAUGCCUGUGACUUAGCCCAAGUUUUGGGGGAAGAAAACAGUGUGUUCUAGCAGCCAUCCUUGUCUCUUUCCAGCUCCUGGACCCAGUGAUUAGCUCCUCAUUAGCACCUCAUCAGUGGCUUUUGCACAGAGACUCUUGGACAACAAGCCUAAAAUAAUGCUUGUGGUCUGUCUUUUUGCAGUCAUCCUUUCCUUCUGGCUUGGUUAGGAGAGGCAAGCCUUGCUACAAACAGCUUUUCCUUCAAAUUUCUCUGGCUUUUGUUCUGUCUGUUAAAUAUACUGGUAAAUGGCAAACUACGGUAUUCUUUUUUUUCCCCCCCCGAUCCUAUCAGUGUAGGAGUACUGUGUCCCUAUGGAAUAGGAGCACGGCUUAUCAGCAAAGUGUUUAUUUAGUGGAGGGGCUGUAAUAUUGACACACAGAUUUGCAGCAGCAUCCAAAUCUUGAGGGGGGGACAAAAGUGUCUUUUUUGAUCAAAUGAGAUCUUCACUGUGAUGACAUCAGAAAGGUUUAUGCCUUAAGGACAGACUUGAACCUGAGAACAUGCUCCCUUUUUGGGGAACAAUGAGGAGGAAGAAAUCACCCAAGGAUGUGGGAGACCAGACCCUCCAUUUCACAAACGACUAUGUACCAAUAGACACUUUGUGUCAUCUAAGUGGCUCUGAAAAACACAAUAAUAAACUAUGACUAACUAUCCACAUUUACCAUUAAAAGCAAAUUCAUCAUGUCUAACCCAACCCCUACUUUUUAAAAGUAUCAUUUUUUCUCAUAACCCUGGAGAUGGCUCAAUGUUGUUUCUUUUCCCUGGUCCCUUCUAAUAUUUUCAAUGAGAUUUCUAAAAAUUUUUCCUUUAAUUCCUUCCAGAAAGAUAUGGGGUCUAUUUUAAAUGCCGUCUAUGAUAAAAUGGCAAGAUAAGUAGAAAGUGGGGAAGUGGGGUGGAGGGUAGGCUGUGUGACGAAGAGGCAGAAAAUUUCUGAGAUUCUAUUUCCUGCUGAGUGAUCCUGGAAGAAGCAUGAUCUCCUCUGUGCCUCAUUUUCUCGAUCUACAAAAAAGAACUGCUACCAAACCCUGCCUGCCCAGAUUAUGAUGAACGCCAGAGAGAUCACAGCUGCCAAAGAGUUCCAUGGGCCCCACAAGACGCCCCCAGAUAAGUGGAACCCACUCUCUGCACAGGGAGUGGUGCAAAUAGUCUUGCUGGGCGCUGAGUGUGAGCUGCUUUGUGGCGUGUGCCACGUCUUCAGGUGCUCCUUCCUUAAAUUCCUCCUGAAGUUUGGUUUCUAGAUUUUAUCAUUAGCAUUUUCCUCUUUGAAUGACCAUUGGGCACAUAGGGAUGGCAAAUACCUUUCCAAAAUUACUGUCAGAAAGAGGAUGUUUUACCCAUUUGGCUCUCUCAUUGAAAGCGUAGGUUUUAUUUUCAGACUUGGAACCCUGAACAUUUUGUAACAAAAUGGCAUCUGCUGCUGCGUUUAUCCAUUGUUACUUUCAGGAGGUUCUAUAGAUUUAAAUGUAAUGUUUUUUAAAGUAAGACUACAUGAAGCUUCCUCUAUAAAUUGGGUGGUGGGACUAAUCUUGCAGGAAGCACCCAGAGUGAUAAUGAUCCUGAAGCAGUAACACGUUCAUUCUAAGGCCAGCAUUUUGUACAUGGGGAAAUAAUCUUAAGACAGAAAGAGCUGCUUGGGUGAAGACCAAAUGCUAAACACACUUCAAAUAGCCUUGGGCACCAACAAAUAGGUGUGAGUGAGAUUCACACUGAGAAACAUAUCUGAUUGAAAAUGAAACUCCUGACAAUAAAUUUUGAGGCCAGAUUGCCAAGGUUCUAUCAGUGAUGUCAUUUAUAGCCCCUAAAAAAAAUCCCAGGUGUUUGUGAUACCAGCCACUAUUAUAAAUAGCUUACAGUGGUGAGGCCUUGGCAAGUUAAAUCUUUUUUAAUGUAAUUUCCUUUAGCUCUCUGAGCAACAAUCAGGUGUCAUGCAACUGACUAAAUGCUGUGCUUGAUUGAAAAACAUGGAAUUUUGACCACUCCCGAGAGAAAUCAGAAUAAAGCGUAUUACAUGAAAUCCUAAAAAAUUCACAAAUGUUUUGCUCAAGUUCUGGAUCCUUUUUUUCUUUUUACCAUGGAUUCAUUUCCCUUUUCUUUUCUUUUUGUCAUGUAGAAGAGUCACACCUCUGGUCUGAAUCUCUCUGUCCAGGUGAUUUUCGCCUGCAGCUGUCCAGCAGACAGAGAGCAUUUCAGCUUUCUUUGAAAUGAGAGUCGAAAUUGGGUUAUGAAUAGAAUUUUAAAUUAUGGUAUGAAGUUAGAGAAGGCAAGCUGGUUCAGGGCAGCAUUCCAGAAUUCAUUCUGAUAGUCCCGAGGAGAUGACCUCCGUCACAACACCGUGGAGGCCUGCCUUGAACAAGCCAUUCCACUGUGUAAUUUCCUAGCAACAAGUCUGAUUAUUUAAGGAUUUCAGAGGUAUCAUUUGAGAAAUGACUCACUUGACAUGGAAAAUUUGAUCUAAUAUGUUAACAGGAGCAACAAGAACUUACUUUAAUGCUUUUUCUUUUCCCCUCUGAAAGUUUAUUUAGGCUUUCUUGGGGGCCAUUGGGAUAUUUUCUUUUCAAGACUGGAAAUGAUUGAUUAUAGUUCAUGUCUAAAAGCAAAAGCCCCCCUAACUCAUUGGAGUUGGAGGCAACAAAAAAUGACCCAUGUUAGUUUUCUGUUAUCCCACAUAAUCAAGGACCCUUCUUGGUUAUGUUUGUGGGCCAUGGCGGGUGAGCUCAAGGGCAUUGUCAAAAUAGAAUGAAAAGAAAGCAAGUUGAGACAAGAAAAUUCUCACUUUGAGUGUGCGUGAAAACAGCAGUCCUGCUCUCUCUGGCAAAGAUUCAUGUACCGUUAAGGGAAGAAUCAUGUUCUUUCUCAAGUACGUUUUACUUUCUGAGAUUUCUUGUGUUUCUCUGUGUGUUGGCUGGGGGAGGCGUUUAUAAGUUUAGACUUUCUCUUGAGCACAGUAAAAACUCUGCUCAGUUUCUCAGAAGGUGACAAUAAAAUUAGAGGUGGAGAGGAAUUCAGAGACCCGUGUUUCAGUAUGUGGUAAAGUUUUACCCAAAUAUUUCCUUCAGGAACGUUUAGUCAUAGUAAGCCAAGUCAAUCCCAUGUCUGCAGUUGUUAUCAGGAAAAAUAAAUUAGCAGGCAGUUUCCACAGACUCUGAUGCUGCAUCCAUUUUGGUCCUUGAGUCACAUGAAGUAACAUACCAAUAGGGACUGAAUGGGGAGGUGGUUUGGAUGAGCUACCCCAUCAGAAUUAUGGCAAUGCAUUAGUUCUGUCCCGAACUAGAGUCACUUCAGAGCUGCUUUCAUUUGAAAUGGCACAAAAAAGAGGCAUUGAAAACAUGUUUGGAGGCCUGUCACCUAAAGUCAGCCUCUGCUGAAACAGUUUUCAGUGUGAUAGGCAGUUUUUUGCUUCUCCCAUCUGUCAGUGAUACCUAGGCAUCUGUUUUCAGCACCAGGGACAGCAAACACCUCCUUGAUUGAACCUGCAGUCCUGAUUGACCUUCCACACACUGAAGGGCGGGUUUUUCCUUUACUUCCUAUUCAUUGGGGCCUCAUCCUGGAAGACUUUAUUCUUAAGUUUUGGUGCUUACAUCUUCUAUUUAUUUUCAAGCCUGGUGGCUAAGCUGUUUGUGUCACAUUCUGGACGUGCUAAAAAAUGAUGAGGAUUGAACUAACACAUCCAGGUCUCCUGGCCCAGAGGAGUGGAAAGAAAGACACCAAGACAUCAAUGAAGGGCACAUUGGCACAAGCACCUCCUGGAAAAAGUGUUCACAAGGCACCUUUGACUCCUAAACUCCCCAGUGGGAGACUGCUUAUUGGCAAUCACUUUCUUUUUACAAUUUCUGCACAGUUCCCACAAUGUCCAAGUCUAUGUUUCACUCGGUGUGUGUUUGUAGGCAAUAUUUCACAGGAGUUGAGCAGAAACUAUGAACUUUGAGGACAGAAAGUGGCCCAGUGAUGCUGUUGUUAGGCAUUUUGGAGAGUUGGGGCCGGGCACUGCUUUGGAUGCCACCAGCUGCCCUCCAAUCCUGAGUGCUGUUAAGCAGCUCACUUUGCCUUAAACAACCAUAAUAAAAAUGCAGAUGGCUCCUUUAGGCCUCUGUCAGGCCAGACUGAAGGGAUGCACUGAGAAAAUCAACGUAGUGGAAGCACAUGUUGUCACUUUGCCUUGUGAUUGGCCAGUUGUCAUAUAGCACAAUAACACAUUAGAUGCAUCUUAGAGGCAGCAUUGUCUUCUCUUAAUUAACCCCUCAUGUCAGGAUAGCCCCAGUGCUGGGAAGGUAAGACAGUCACCGAGGAUUUCACCUUAAAUACUUUUUCUGUUUCACAGGAGUUAAAUGAACUCCACUUCAACUGCCUCUGGACCAUCCAAAGCACUGAACACUCCACUGUACCCUCUCUUCUUCCCCUCCUUCAGUGUUGCUUAUCAUAAUUUGUAACAUUUAGUGGUACAAGACCAUAAAGGGUUCUUUUUAAGGAUAAAUGAGGUGGUCAAAACAGGCUAGAGCCACAUCUCAGACAAACAAGUUCAAUGGAACUGCAAUUCUUAACCUUGAAGUGGAUCUGAGGACAAUCCAUUCUUCCUCCAUUCCUUGCCUUUUGAGGGCAUCUCAUUCCAGCUCUCACACUUGCCAUGCAAAAAGGCCAAAGGAAGAGUUUCUCUAGAUUAUUUAUGUGAGGACUGGGGGAAGGAAGGGUCAAAAAUUUUCUAUUAGAACUCUGUAGAAUAGAGGAGCUUUGUUUUUUAUUGAAAUCAAGGAACAAGCCUAGUUUUGACAGAAUAUGUAUGUGAAGGACCACCAGGUAUAGGAGAGCUUGAUGGGGGAAAUUCAGUUUCCUUAGAACAGAGAGGAAGGAGUUGCAGAUUGACUGGUAGGAAACAAAUGAUCCACUGGCCAGGGGGAAAGGUAGUCUGAGACUGGAGAUACAGAAGCAGGCAUCUUUAGACAUAGAGGUGAUGCCAAUGGAAGCCUCAGGAAAGAACAGGCCAGAGAAUAAAAUCCUACAGAGGCUGUCAGUACUUUUUCUGGAAAUUUCCUAAAAUUUUCAGGGGCACUUCUCGCCCUCUGCCUCCUUAAAGGUGAACUCAGUGCUACUUCUGGGUUCUUAAGGCAAAUGCCCUACAAACACCAAAGUCUUGUAUUUUCCACUCUCAGCCAAUGCUGGCUGUCCUGAGUGGAAUAUUUUCCCCUUCCCUAUGUGAAAGGGACUUGUUUUCAGGAGAAGUGUCCUUUAAUUAUCCAGCUAAAACUGGAGGUAAUUUUUUGCAUGAAUGGCUUUUUACAGCUAGGUCUAAAGCCGAACAAAACUUGUAUUAAACUAAGUGCUACUUUACAUAUCUUAUUUCAAGAGAAAUGAAGGAUUUAUUGCCGUGUAAAUGAUGUACACUGAUUUGUUUCCUACUGGACAUUACAUGUCCCUUUAUCUUUAGGCUGAUGUUGCGCAGCAAACUUUCAAUAUCUGGAAAAUCAGCCGGUACCUACUUCAGUGCACUAGUUGGGUAUUAUGUUCUCAGAGAGGAAUUUUGCGAAUGAAGUUUAGGUGCUGUUGUAACUGAUUUCCGCCCUCAUCCCUAAGCUUUCUGUAUUAAAUAUAUGUAAAGUGAUUAUAUCUCGUCAGACCCCAUGUGUUUGUGUGUGUUUCCCAAUGUAUGUAUAAAUAUAUCGGCCAACUGAAGGGUAAUUUGGAUUAUAGCAACUGCUGAACAAUGGUGUAGAUGGCAGUGGUCAUGUGAUACAUCCACACUCUUGUUCUCAGGCCAAGCUAAUCUUACAGAGUUUAGAAAAAACACAAUGUGGCAUGGCUUGGAAAAAUCUUAACAGUAGAUAUAGUCUUGCCAGGCCGUCGUUCUUUGGUGGAAACCUUGGCGGCAGCAAAGUUGAGAUGUACUCAACUGGACCUUACGUCAUUUAUUUUUAUCUCAAUUGAUUGUUCCUCAGUUCUCUUUUAUGACUUAGAAAUACUCCCCCAUGAUGCCUGUUUGUUUUUUGCCAAGGCCACUGGAAAGUGCUGAUCAUGUUUGCUCCCCAUCACUUGAAUCCCAAAGUUAUUAACUCACGGUGGGUGACUGAGGUUUUAGUAAACCUGGGUUUUACGAAUAGUACCCCUUCUAUUUCUUCCAUUCAUUUCCUUUUAAAAAAAAUCCAUGGGUUAUGCUAGGUUUAUUCGCAUCCUGGUGAGCCUUGGAGAAUCAAUUUAGUUAAAAUGAUGACUGUAUCUGCCUUUGGAGAAGAGGCUUAUGUUAUAAAAUUCUUAUGUAAAUAUGUCCUUUAUGCAAAAACUAUGGAUUCUAACAUGGUAGGAUGGCCCCUGUGUAGGAGAUAUGUGUUCUCAGUUGAUAUUAAGGGAUGCAUUGAAAAGGCAAGUGCUCCCUAUCUCUAUUCCCUACACUGCUCUUCCUUCCUCCCCAACCUCAAAAGGAAACAGAAAAUUAUUUUUUUAAAUUGUAUUAAUAAUUUAUGUUUAAUACAAAAGGAUGAUUUAAUGGUAUCACCAAAGGUCAUUUCUCCCAUUGUGCAUGUCCUUCACUCUCGGCCCCAUACCCAUCACCCCAUUCUUCACCCUCAUGCUUCAUCCCAAGGCAAACACGUGUCUUCAUUGGAAUCUAUCAGUGUUGGAGUUAAAUGUAGGGGCAGAGAUUUAACACCAUGACACUAAUGAAAACCAACCAUUCUUCACUUUCAAAUGGUUAAUUACUACAAGAAGGCAAACUCUUUUCUUGGUUUUUGUUUAAAAACAUUUUAUACAUAUAUAUGUAUAUAUGUGUGUGUAUGUAUGGACAUAUGUAUGUAUAUGCACAUGUACAUGUAUAUAUGUAUAUAUCCAUCUCCAAUAUAAAUAUAUCAUAUGUGAGAUUUGUAAAUACUCCUUGGCCAUAUGUCUGUCUCCCUCAUGGUAUCGUAUCUUCAGUGUUUUGUUAACGACUCCAUUUAUUGAUUGAUG